UCAGCGACAUACAACUACUUUACUACUGUUCUACUGAUGACAAUUAAUGUUGUCAUGGACGAUGGACAAAGGACAAUGACAUACCAUGAUAAAAGUAUAUAGUGAAGUCGAACAAAAGCAACGCGAAGACGCAGAAUUAGCCAGUAAAUUAAAAGCCGCAGAGAGUGAAAAGAUCACUUAUUUUUUACGCAGCACCGAGCAAAGGCGUCAAGUUGAUGAGCUCACACAACAGCUGGAACAAAUGCGCUUGUCCAAUGAACGAUUACGCAUGACCUCAUUUAAACGUAACCCGGUAGCGGAAAAGCAAAAUUAUAUACGGGAGGUGUACCAAGCGAAAUUCGGCAUGGAUCGUUUGGAAAUGCUGGUGGUGACAAGUAUCGCUGAUCCGGGACAACAGUUUUACGGUUUUCGACGUAAGUUGAAUGGUGCAUUUUAUGCAAUUAACAGACGGAUGCAAGUGGCAAUGGGAGAACGUGUGAUGUUGUGGUUCGUGUCCAACAAUGCCGAACAAGACUUUAUUGAUUGCAAAUCAUAUUUGUUCAAUAAAGCGUAUAAAACGGGUGUGGAAUUACAAACGCGCAGCAAUACUAUUGGUAUUGGAGAAUCGACAAACAUCGAAGAAUUUGAUACCGUAUGCUUGCAGUUACGUGAUUUUGGUAGGCUCGCAGGUAUGAUGGAACUCGACGCUGGAUAUAAUAUUAUGCAGACUCUUUUGGAACUGGCACAAAAUCAGUAUACUCCGACAGAUCAACUGAACGGUGAAGAUAUCACCGAAGUAGGUACUUUUGCUCAACGCCGAAACGCAAUCCGAUCAAAUGUUCAGCGAUAUAUAUAAAUAUAUAUUAAAUGAUUACAAAAAAAUCGUUUACAUAAAUUGAUUAUAUUC